UGUGUGACACCAUGAAAGAAGGCGGUGGAUGGAUCAUCUUUCAGAGAAGAAUCAACGGAAAAGUAGAUUUCUAUAGAGGCUGGAAGGAGUAUCGUGACGGCUUUGGAGAUUACAACACUGGGGAAUUUAAUCUGGGGAAUGAAAAUAUUUUUAAUUUAACUUCUACAGGACAAUAUGAUUUAAGAAUUGAUUUAGAAUUUGAAAACACAAAAUAUUUUAAAGUUUUGGGUGAGACUGAGAAAUAUAGACUACAGAUUGGAAAGUAUUCAGGAAAUGCUUCUGAUGGAUUAGAUAUUCAUAACAACAAGUUCUUUAGUACUUUUGAUAGAGACAAUGACGAGAACAGGAGUGUAAACUGUGCCGAGAAAAGUUCAGGUGCCUGGUGGUACAAAGGUUGUCAUCGUUCUAAUCUAAACGGUAAAUGGGGAAGUACAUUGUCUUCAUUGCUAUUGAUGCAGUCAAAAUGACUCUGCUUCAACAUUCUAAUUGUUUCUUCUAUUGUAUUGUCCACCUCAGGUCAGUAGAUUUGUUUCGUCACAUCUCUGUCUUUUUGUUUCUCUGUGUGUGCCUCUCUGUUUCUCGUUCUCUCUCUCUCUCUCUCUGUAUCUUUUUGUCUCUCUCAGUCUUUUUGUUUCUCUGUGUGUGCCUCUCUUUCUCUUUCUCUCUCUCUCUCUCUCUGUGUAUCUUUUUGUCUCUCUCUGUCUUUUUUGCCCCU